GCGACCUAUGCACGCUCGCGUACAACUCCAAAGUAAGUCAUUGUCACCAUGUUGUUUGUCAGUAUUGCUGUCGUGCUCGUUCCCGCUGUUCUGGGCGCUUAUAUCUGCUGUCCCCCUCGCCAGUGGGAGGGCAUGGAGGCCCGGGUGAUUGGCACGGGGCAAAAAGGAGGAACGCUACAAAUAUCAGAGGCUGAAGUUAAAGUGCACUUUGAUGCCACCAACAAGAGAAUGGCCUUUGACGAAAAGUUAACAAUAGACGGGUCUACUGCCAAUUUCAAGAUCAUCCAGCUGUGGGAUAAGAUGGUGGAGUACAUGAUCCAGCAGAGUGGGACGUGUCUUCGUAAACACCUCACCGGUCCGUUCCCUGAUGGUUGUAUCCCGGACACCGCUACCUUGUCUGGACCACAUUUCGAGGGCUCAGUUAAAAACAAGGUCACCUACAACUCCUACCGCAUGGCCAACGCUGCCAAAGGCUUCACCGUCAAUGUGGACAUGACGUCAGACACGUGUGAACCAAUCAGACAGGAGACAUACGGGUUAAUUGGACGUGAAUAUUCCCUUAUCUCAACCCGUUACUACGACAUCGUCGACGGCAUCAAAAACGAUACAGUCUUCAACGUUCCCGCCGCCUGCAAUAACUCCUACUUCAUGGGCGGCCCCGCUUCAAACAUUGGAUCCAUCUUCGGCUGAGGAAUGAUUUCACCAUACUGAUGUCAACCUCCAAACCCAAACACAGUUUCAAACGUAAAUGUACUUCAACUAAAAUAAAGUACACAUACACAACCAUUGAACCAUUA